AUGUGUGAGUAUACUCUUGAAGAACAAGAACAAAACCGGAUUUUGAUUAAGGAAUGUAAGAAAUUGAUGGAGUCGAUGGGCGUCAACAUGGAGGAUAGCAUUAUUCCUCCACACCUCCAAGAAUUACAUGAUGCCGUUGAGAAUCAUCAAGAUGUGAAUCGCCUUCGUGUUGCUCUAGAUAAUUUAACUUCGAGUAUAGAUGAAAUUUUUGACCUUGAAGAUAAAGAAACUGCUCUUCACAUUGCUUGUGAAUAUAGCUCUCUUCCAUGUGUUGAGUUACUCCUAGAGAGGGGUGCAAACAUACUAGUUAAAAAUGCAUUGGGUGAGACACCUCUUCAUAUUUCUUCUCAAUCAGGCGACACUAAGAUUGUUGAGCUUUUAGUAAAUCAUGCUACUAAACAUAAUAUUAUAAAAAGAGUGUUACAAUCCGUUAAUGACGAUGGUUCAACGCCUCUACAUGAAUCAACAAGCGGAGGAGAUGCACACAUAGAUGUUGUGCGAGUAUUGUUGGCUGCUGGCGCUUCUACCAAAACAACUAAUACUAUUAAUGGAAAGAAACCUUGGCAGUUAGCUAAACGCAACUCUGAAAUUAGGAGUUUACUGAAAAAGAAACAAUUAACCGUAAUGAUGGAAGGAAAGAAAAAAAUAAAGAAGUAG